ACCUGACACAAGAAAAUCAAACUUCUGUUACACCAGAUGAAGCAUUGGGAGAUCAGUCUCUAGAUAGUGUCAAGAAUCUGGAGAUUUCAUUGAACAUUCUUGCCGUAGACCAGGUUGAAACAAUCUUGGAUCAAAAUUUCAGAGUGGACAGCAUCUGUAAACCUCAAGAUGGUAGUGAUCUCUUGUCUGACUUUAAUUCUGUGAUGUCAGUGGAUCUUCCAGCAAAAGUCUUGGAAAUUGUGUCUACUGUGAAUGUAGGUAACUCAGAAAAAGGUAUGGAAGAUGAUGUUCAUUUUAAUAAAGAAACCAAUGCAGGGAUCUUAAAGAAAAUUACUGUAGAAGAAUGCAGUUCUCGCCUCCAUCUUUCAGAAGGACUUGAAUCACUAAUAGAACCUACUCAGAGGUUUCAGGAAGAACAUUAUUCUUCUGUUGGAAUUGCUGUCAAUGAGACUGAGACAGAAGUUUUUGACAUUGGUUUGGUCAUCGGCAGUACCUCAGUAGAGACCUCAGAAGAUGGUUUUGCAGGAGAAGAUAACUCUUCUGUUACUCUACAUGAGAUAUCAAGUGUACAUUUAGGAGAUCAACCUGUAGAUCCUAUCAAGGAGCUGAAGAUUCCAUUAAGCACUGGAUCUCCUGCUGAAGACAACAUUGAAGUACUUGUUGGAUCCAUCUUGGCUUCAUAUUCUGAAGCACUGGAAGGAGGUGGUGAUAUCUUACCUAGUGUUGACCCCUCAGCAGAAGACACUGUUUCUACUAUGAAUGUAGAGGAAAUAGAUGAGGGUUAUUCCAAUGAUGAAGCCAUUGUAGGUAUCUUGUCAGAGACAGUCUGUGUAGAAGACCCUGAGGAAUAUUACCCCAAGGUGUAUCUUUCAGAAGAACUUGAAUCCAACACAGAGCAUGAGUAUACAUUUGAAGAACAUCAUUAUUCUUCCAAUGUUGUCAUUGAGACUGAGGUAGAAGCUGGUUACAUCAAUAAUGACUUCAAAAUGACUGAAACGGAUCCUUCACUAGAAACUCACAAUAACCUUAUUGAAGACUAUACACUGGAAAAGCUCUCACAAAGUAAAACAGAAAGUCAAUCGUCCAAAACUCUAGAUUAUGCAUCUACAAGGCAAUUUGAAGAUCUUAAAGUUGACAAGUCUGUUGUUCCUUUGGAAAAUGUAACCCUUGUUGAAGAUAUUGAUUUAGUUUUAAGAUUCACCUCAGCAGUUCAAGGUGAAGGUGAUCUCUUAUCAGACAUUAAUUCUGUCAAGAUGAAUAGUCACCCAACAGAAGUCAUUAGGGCUGUCUCUACUUGUGAAGAAAACAUAUUGGACCUAAGUAAAGCAAGAGAGAUACAUCAUGAAUCCGCUGUUCAAGCUGAUAUCCUUUCAGAUACUGUCCCAGAUGAACAGGAGAAGAUCCAUAAUAAUGUCUCUGAAGAAAUUGUAUCCAGUCUUCAGCCCAUCCAAAAACUUGAGGAAAAUCAACACAAUUCUUCAUCUCAAGUCUCAAGUGAAGAAUCAUGCAUUGGUUUUGACAUUAUCAGUACUUCAGAAGGAAAUGGAAAAGUUCUACUUGAAGAUCAAGAGGACAAAGAAAUGGAUCCUUCAGCAGAAACUCACUGUAGCCUUAUCACAGACCACACAGUGGAGAUGAUAUCGGAAAGUAAAGAAGAAGAAGAAAGUCAACCAUCAGAAAUGCUAGAUGAUGCAUCUAGAAGAGAAUUUGGAGAUCUUAAAGUCAAUGAGCCUGUGAUUCCUUUGGAGAUGGAAUAUCAUGUUGAAGAUAUUGAUGUCAUUUUUGGAUCCACCUCAAAACUUUCUCAGGGUGAGGAUGAUCUAUCUGCUAAGAUGACAGAUCACAGAACAGAAGUCAUUAGCCUUGUCACUACUACUGUUGAAGAAGACAUAUCAGAUACAAUUAAAGUAUGUGAAGUAAUAGAUGAAUCAGCUGUUCGAGUAGAUAUCCUUCCAGAUACUGCUAUUUCAGAUGAUCAGGAGAAGAUCACAAAUAAUGUCUUAGCUAUUUCUUCUUCAGAAGAACUUGGAUCCAGUCUUGAACCUAGCCAAAAACUGGGGGAAUAUGAACACAGUCCUUCAUUUCCAGUUUCCAAAGAAGAAUCUCUCACUGGUUCAGACAUUGUCAAUAGUGCAGAAGAAAAUGUACCUGUUCUACUAGAAGAUCAAAAACACAAAGACAUGGAUCUUUUAUAUGAAGUCCAGUCUGGAAUGACUUUAGAUUACUUAGUAGGAUUCACAACAAGUACGUCUACUGUCAAGGUUAUUGCAUCGGAUGAAGCUGCUGAGUCAGAAAAAGAAGGUUCUGAGGAAACCACUCAAGAAUUUGCUUGUUCAAAACUUAGUGAGGAACCAGAGAAGAAGCUUAAUGAACAAGAUUUCUCAACAGUUUCGACCACUGGCACCCAUCCUACAGAAGACAUCACUGGUUUUGAGAACAAUAAAUCCUUAGAAACAACAGAUUAUUUUGGGUCAUCAGGCUUGGAAAUCCAGCUGCUUCCAAGUAUGGAUCAUACUAAGCAAACAGGGAUGGAAGGAGAAGGUAAGGAAAAGAUUUCUAAUGAAGAAGCCUUGUGUUUGGGUCAAAACAAGCCUGUCAUCACAAUCCGCACCGAAGAUCUGCGACAAUUAACAGAGCCACCAACCUAUAUAGAAAUGAGCGAAGAUCAAGAGAGAUCUGUAGUGGAUCAGAAAGGAACAUUGACGGAACCAAGUGUAGAAGAAGAAGACGACAUUGACAACAACCUGCUCCCUCAUAACACAUUGGACAUCAGUGCCCAGAAGAGUCGUGUCCAGUUACGUAGAAAAACCUCUAUUCGCCGUAAACAGGGCCAGCGCCAAGUUACACCUGACAGUGAACUCGUUGAACCCCCACAGCCAGUCAGCAGGCCUCGGCCGAUGGGAGUAGCCAUAUUUCCAGGAGACUUGCCGGUAUUUCCAGCGACUUCUGCCAUGACAUCUGUUGCAUCACAUUCUCCAGAAGAACCCAAGGAAGCGAAGCCUGCAGAGGAGGAGUUCCUUAUAAAACCCAAGAAGGGGAUACCAAAGCAUGCUGGGUUCGGGAUCCCACAUCCUCAGAUGAUGCAGGAGUUACAGACGCGCCUGAAGAAGAAGAAGCCAAAUAAGUGACCAGAGGGGGGGAUCCUGGUAAAUGCACAUAAUGUAUUGUAAAUACAAAAAUUUAAUAAAGAUUGUCUAAAAAA